AUGUAUCAAUUCAUUAGUCCUUUCGUGCUAAUCGCUCUUGUUCGAACAACGGCUGUUCUGGCCGAAGGGAGUGGUACUAAUUACCCACUUCCUCCACCGAUUACCAUUCCACCUGUUGAAAAAGCAAACAUUACGAAUUCGAGUACUAUUGGGGUGAAGAUCAUUCCACUGUACUGUAACCAAGCUUUCAUGCCACUCCAAGACGAGAACGCGACAUUGACUGAGAAUCAAAAAGGACCCGCUAACAUAACCGAGUGUGCUUGUAAAGCCUAUGAUACCCCUAGCGGUGCAUUCUGUGCCACUAGUUCAUGCAAAAACUUUGCUACUUGUCAACAAUGUAAUUUGAUCACGCUUGGUGUUAGUGCUAAGACAUCUAACUCUAACAAUCUUACUAUCCCUUCGGUCGAAUGUCGAAACAAUUAUUUCCUACCUUCUCCAAAAGAUCGUGAUCAACAUGCAUUGUGUACUGAUGUUGAGGAUCACGCCUUUGCGUGUGAGGGCCCUUGCACGGGAGGAACCUAUUGUCAGGAAUGCAUAAGUAUGGACGAUCCAUAUCUUUAA